GGUUUAGGAGUUUAUUAUCAAAAUCCGUGUGUUGGUGUUGGAUGCGGAUUCCUUCGGUCGCACUGUCGUCUUUGUUGGAUCAAUCCAAAUGCAACUGGUAGAAUGGAUCGUCCACAAUGUCCGAAAUGUGUAACUAAAUUUUAACUAACAGUGACGUAUUGACUCUCAUUUCUAGUUUUAAAGUUCAAAUUUACCUUCCGUAUGUAUCCCAUGAACUUGUAAAUCUUUUUUUGUGAGUUUCUUACCUAUCUCUGUUCCUUUUCGGUAGUAUCAAGAAUAAAUUGCAUAUAAUUCAAUGUGCGCGUGUGACAGAGAGACAGUGGAAAAGAGGGAGUAAAGAAAAACUGCCAAAGUCACUUUGGUCGCGUCAUUUCGGGUUUUCUUCUGUGGCAGAAAGGUAAAAACUUAAGCUGACAUUUUUCAUCAUGCAUGUGUUAUUACCAAGAAAACAAAAAACGCUUAGCUGAGAAAAGCAUAUCCUGUUGCGUUUACGAAAUCUUCAGCAGCGUUUAUAUUAUAUUAACUGACUCUACAAAGCGAAGUAACCAUACUGAUUUUAAGUGGUCAACGGUUACUUUGUCUACCCUCAUGCUUUUUCCCCUAACACUUUUUUCUCAAAUCCAUUCAGUUGUCUUUUCAGUAGAAAAUUUGGAAGACCAAUUGCACCUUAAUUUUGAAAUUCUGUCUUUCGUUGCACCUAGAUUCUGGUUUCGAGCAAAGAUAACGAAAAUAUAAGUCAGUGAUGCAUCACCUGUGUUCUUUCAUACCUUUCUUUUGCAAACUAUGUGCAUACUUUUAUUCGAAGAAAUUUUCAUCCUACAGCAAAAUUUUAAGUUAUAUGUUUGUCACAAAACGUAACAAAAGCGUGUGAUUUUUAAAUUCAAAAUGAUUUUCAAAGUGCUUCUACUUUUUAAAAUUCUUUGCGUCAAGAUUGUGACAAGAUUUUUUUUUGAUAAAAAUAAUAAACAAUAAAUGAAUUCAACUGAGUAGCCUUAAUCAUAUACCUUUAUACAACAACGAUGCUGAUGAAUAUCAUCGGCAGAUAAUCACGACGAGUGAUGUAGAAAAUCAACCUGUGCUAACAGCUGCUGGAAUAGCAAGGGGGAAAAACCUCACUUUAAGUGCCUUUAAGUGUGUGCACUUCCGGGUUAACUGUCACUUUAAGUGUUUAAGUUCUGGGGUAUUAUUUCAACCUGCGCUUCUUCCUGGAAAGUCAAGAAUUCAGCCCUAUAUCUUCCAAAAUAUAAAUGUAUAGACUGUAGCUGUUCCGCGACAGCGAACAUAUGGUGAAUGUCUGUUAGUGAAAGUUGAAGUGGCAAAACGCGACUUUACCAUCACUACUGCUCAAAUCUUGUUCAAACAGAAAAAUAAACGUGACACUUGAAGUGUCACUUAACGCGACUGUCACUCACUUAUAAGUGUGUGCACCCUUUUGGGAGGUCGUUUCCCCCUUGUGAAAUAGGCUCAAAAACUGUUCCCAAUAAGGCAAUGAAAAUGUUAAAUCAUUUGUUAGUCAAGUUGCAGAUCAGUUCAAUCUGAAACUUCUCGCCGAUGCGGCGUUUGCACUUUUACAAUAUUGAACUUUUUGACAAGUCUUGGUUUCAAUGUACCAUACAAUUUUGCUUAUGAUCUUGCAAAAGAUUCACAUGUGAAGGAAAGUCAGAGAGAAUAUGUUAUCAUGUCGAUCGGCUUGUCAAAUGCUUUGGUCGCAUUUUAAUUGGCUGUUUAAGAGAUCGUAAAUUGGUCUGAAGGAACAGACUCUCUUAACGAUAUAUUGUGUUUUUUUAUUUUCUCAGGUCAAUCGUCUUUUAUUAUAUAAUUCAACAACAAUACAAACAAGUGCAUUGGGUAUUGUUCUACUCUUUCGGGGAAUUGCAGUCGCCAUAGGCACUCCGAUUGUCGGAGCCAUGCGUGAUGUAUUUGAAAAAUAUCUUCGACCAUUUCUUUGGCCGUUUUUUAUCUUUGGUAGUUUCAUAGUGUUAAGUGGUAUUAUCCUAUUUGCUAUUCCACUAUCAAAACGAAGAUAA